UGUGAGUAUAAAACAAUGGGUAAUGUCUUAUCAAGAUGCACCCAGAGUAUUCGAGAUUUAUGGCAGAGCUGCAGAUUUAUGAAAGGUCACCCAGAGCAUGAAGAGGAGAAAUGCACGUACGACUUUUCACGAGAAAGUUUAGAAAAAUACAAAAUUCAACAUUCGGAGACUAAUGAAAGUAUUACCAAUGUCGUUCCAACAUUUCAUAUUGAGAAUGAAAGACGUGCUAAUGUCAUUAAACCACAGACAAGUUGUGAGGUGUCGCCAUUGGAAGGAAGUCGUGAAAUAUGUACAGUAUCGAAAAAAGUGGACUCUAUGCAACUACGGACCCUACCUAAUAUUUGUGAUUCAGAAUGCAGUAUCGAAAUCCAGACUAAUCGCAAUGUGCUCAUGUCGUCGCGUUCCUCUGAUGGUUCAUUCUAUGAAAAUCAAGGUUUUCUAAGACGCGAUCAUUACAUGCUAAACAGCAUUAGUUGGCCAGGAAGCAGUAUACAAGACUCUGUCAUACACAAGAGUCAGAAUAAGACCAGAUCGGAAAUCAUCACAAAUGUGCACAUGAUUCGAGGAACAGACCAGCACGUCUAUGAAAACCAACCAGGUCUUCGCUUAUCCCUAAAUAACACGUCUAGUGUGAAUCACCAUUUUGAUGCCAGACUUGGUGCCACGAAAUCGGACUCUGCAAUAAAGUCUGAUAUUGUGUCAAACUUGUACAACUGUUACAAGAUCAGUUCUGAUAUGGACAAGAAUGACUUGAGCAAUAUGGACAAAAAUGACUUGAGCAAAAUGGACAAGAAUGACUUAAAAAGAUAUUACAAGUGCAAUAACAACAACAAUUGUGAUGUGUUAGUCACAGACCGCAAGUCUUGUCCGUCUGGCAGUCAUAGUGUGGUCUGCUGCACCGAUAGCUUUCUCUUACAGACAAAACCUGCUGCAAAAGUGAAGCUUUCAUCGGUUGAGGCAAUUUACACAAAAGAAGACUCAAAUUUACAAAAUAAUUACAGGAAACAUGUGGCUUCUGUCAAAAUAAUAUCUUCGAGUUGCAGUUAUGAGCCCAUUGAAAAGUUACCCAACGAGUCGACAGACGUGUCUCUGGUCAAACGUCAGCAGGAUCUGUUGAUGAGACUUGGAGAACUGCAGCAGUCCGUGAAAGAACUGUCUGUCAAGUAUGGGGUGUCGGUCAACAAAACAACGGCACCUCUUGUCCAGCAACACACAGCUCUUCCUGUUUCUAGUCCAAUACAGCCUGGUGUUGUGCAUGAUAUCGUCAUCCAUGCUGACCCAUCGUCUCCACCGUGGUCCUUGUUCGUUCUCUACGAACAGCUAAAGAAGCAGUUUCGAGUUCUGCCAACAUCGUUUACCCACAGUUCAGUGACGGCGUCCAUACCGGAAAAACUGCGAGAUGUCUUCAAGAAUGGACGCACUUUUGAAAGACGAGAAAUACAGGUCGCCUUCACAGUAAUAUGGAAGAAAGUAAAGAAUGGUCCAGUGUUAUUGAUAAAUACUGGAAAACAGAGUCCAAUUCAUGGAGAAACUAAUGUGGCAAGGUACUUAGGAAGAUUGCUAACUCCCUCAUACGACAGUGGUGACAUUGUUAUGGCCACACUGGCUGACGAGUGGCUGGAUAUAGCUGAUCUGCAGAUUGUUCGUGGCAACAAGAAAGAAAAAAUGGCGGCUGUGAAAUCUAUGAAUUCAAGACUAGGACGAAAUGAUUGGCUCAUAGGAUCUGCAAUGUCAUUGGUUGAUAUUGUCAUGUGGUCAGUAUUGCACCAAUCAGGAGUGGUGGAUGAAGUUCCAGCAAAUGUGAAAAGAUGGAUGAAAGCUUGCACCGACAAUCCUAUCUUCUCAGAAGCUCUAAGUUGGAUGAGCUAAAUUAAAGAACAUUAGACUUUUUCCCCCCGAAAUGUCAAAUGUCUAUCAUAAUUUAUGAAUGAAAAAUGUGUUACCCA